CAGUUGCUCGUUUUGAACGCAAUCUUUCAGGGAACAGCGUGCAGUUGUCACUUUAUCCCACACUUGAGUGUGACGAGAUAUCGCCAAGUGACUUGUCGUGGCGACGCAGAGCCGCGACAACUUUGUGCGACUGCGCAUCUGGCAGUGAAGUUCCUCCCUCACAAAAGCUCGGAAUCGGAUUUAACAAAGAAACAACUCGAUGUACGAAGGAAAAGUCCGAGCUGGAGUGGGCUUCAACAAAUAAGGGAUGUCCUGUCUGCCUCAGUGAGUCCCCAUGGCCGUUCUAACCACUCAACAUUGUCCUUUCAUUGGCGUAGACCAGACACCCCUUCUCUUAAUUCCGGGAUAUUUUGGAAUAUUCACCCGAGAUUCUCGACAUCUCGGUCGUGCAUAGGACACAUCCUAACACUGGAAGUUCACAGUUAAGUCAAGGUUAAGGGGCUUGGCAUUCUUACAGUCGCAAAGUCGUCUCGUAUCCAACACCGUGCCAUCCUACAUGGACGAUGUCGGACGCCCAGCCUUAGAGAGACAUCCUUGCGCUAGCGAUGGCCACAGACAAGGCUCAGCCCCUCCUUCAGCUCCAGGAGGUGGACUCCAGUCGACUGGGCUGUCGCGUCCUCUCCCCCAUCCACAGCGCCUCCUCCCCGGGUCUGUCCCUCGAAACCAGCCAGCCCAUCUGUAUCCCCUCCCCUUACACCGACCUCAGCCAUGACUUUACCACCAUCCCUUUCUACAGUCCAACUAUCUUCUACACUGGGUCGGGACUUUCAGACUGCUCGCCUGUGCACCAGUCCCUAAGGCCCUCCUUAUUCUGGCCCAGCCAGGGCCACAUGGGCCCGCCCGGACCGCUGCAUCCCUCCCAGGCACGCCCUCAGCAGAGUCAGCCUAUCCAGAGUCCGUGGGCGGAGCUGUCUCCUGGGGGCUGCGAGUUGACUGCCAGCAAGCGCAGGCGCUCCCACGAGAGCGAGGAGCUGGUGGUGUCAUCGGGUGGGAAAGCAGACCUCCACUUCUGUGCCGUUUGCCAGGAUUAUGCCUCUGGCUACCAUUAUGGCGUCUGGUCUUGUGAAGGGUGUAAGGCCUUCUUCAAGAGGAGCAUUCAAGGCCACAAUGACUACAUCUGCCCGGCAACCAAUCAGUGCACCAUAGACAAGAACCGUCGCAAGAGCUGCCAGGCGUGCCGCCUCCGCAAAUGCUACGAAGCUGGCAUGACCAAAUGUGGCAUGCGCAAGGAGCGUGGAAACUACCGGAACCAGCAGAGGCGGCGAGUGAGUUUGUCCUCACACAGCAAGACUCACGGAGCCAAGGCGUUAACCGAACCGCCGGCUGUUUCCGAGCUCCACCCGCCCGCGUUGACCCCGGAGCAGCUAAUCCAGCGAAUAAUGGAGGCGGAGCCGCCCGAAAUCUACCUGAUGAAGGAUAUGAGGAGGCCGCUCACCGAAGCCAACGUCAUGAUGUCUCUGACCAACCUCGCUGAUAAGGAGCUGGUUCACAUGAUCAGCUGGGCCAAGAAGAUCCCAGGGUUUGUGGAGCUCAGUCUUCUGGACCAGGUGCACAUGUUGGAGUGCUGUUGGCUGGAGGUGCUAAUGAUAGGACUGAUGUGGAGGUCGGUCAACCACCCGGGGAAACUCAUCUUCUCUCCUGACCUCAGUCUGAGCAGGGAAGAGGGCAGCUGCGUCCAGGGCUUCGCGGAGAUCUUUGACAUGCUCGUAGCCGCCACAUCCAGGGUGAGAGAACUCAAGCUGCAGAGGGAGGAGUUUGUCUGCCUCAAGGCCAUGAUCCUCCUUAACUCCAACAUGUGCCUCGCCUCUUCUGAGGGCAACGAUGAGCUGCAGAGCCGCUCCAAGCUGCUGCGCCUUCUCGACACCGUGACCGACGCCCUCGUGUGGGCCAUCGCCAAAACGGGCCUCACGUUCCGCCAGCAGUACACCCGCUUGGCCCACUUACUCAUGCUGCUCUCGCAUAUCCGACACGUCAGCAACAAGGGCAUGGAUCAUCUCCACUGCAUGAAAAUGAAGAACAUGGUGCCUUUGUAUGACUUGCUGCUGGAGAUGUUGGAUGCCCACAUCAUGCACAGCUCCCGGCUACCUAGCAGGGCUCCGCAGCAGGAGUCCUCGGAGCAGCAGGAUGUUCCUGCCAAGCACGAGGAUUCCACCAGCGCCUCCUCCGAUAGCUGCACGACCAGAGGUGAUGCCCCGUAGCCAUCCAGUCACGUCUUGGCUUUGAAACGCAUUCACAUGCCAUGAUUUCUAUCACUUUGCCUAAAAGUUGGUUAGAGUAAGAAUUAAAAAAAAAAAAAGACUGUGAUGAGAUGUUUUGAAAUUCAGUCAUUUGAAUGUAGAAGCUCAUGAUUUUCUUUGCACAACGAUUUUACAUCUUUCAAAAAUGUUAACUCGUGCAGUACUGUAUUUAUUGCCUUACCGCAUCAAGGCCUAUAAGUACCGCCCGUACUCAGUUAGGUGGCAACUGGCUCAAUUGUGAAAAGAUAAUUGAAUUUCAGCAAUGGAAAAGAGACAAAAACAACUUGCUGUUUACUUAACUCACAUUUGUGUACCAAAUUGGUCCAUGCCGGUGCCAUCUCGAUCCUUUUUAUUUUGAGCCGCCUCCUUAGUUAGCCUGAUUGAUCUUUUCUGUUGCUGUGCUCUUUCGUGUUUAUUGCUAAAGGACAUACCAUUAGGGCCCUCUCGACGUUGAAAACUUCAUCCGAAGGUAGUGCCUUAAAUCCUGCUUUUUGGAUAAAGGGAAUAAAAGGGCGCUGGAUGUCUCCAACAUUUGCCUUAACUAAUUAUUCAGACCAGUUUACAAAGUAGAUGAUCAAUUUCUAUGUUCACAAAAAAAAAAAAGUAUGGGACCAGAUACACAAACUAGAGGAAAUGGCGAUGAAUUAUUUAUUUGUUUAUUUUUUUAAAUUGCGCCUGCCUGUGUCCUGAGCCCAAGGCAAGAUUGACAGAACCCACAAAAUGUGCUUGCGCGACAUUCGAUUGGUUGUGGUUAAAAUGGCACAUCAAAAGAACAGGCAGGAUUAACACACGUCAGAACAUUAUUUCUUUGGGGUCGUACAAAAGUGUGGAUGGAGAUUCCCGACCAAAGCCAGUAUUCAAAGUGCCUGUCGGAUUGUCCUAAUGGCCAGCAGAGGGCGUCCUCAUUAAUUCCAGCAUACAUAGAUCUCAAUUAUGACUCAUUCAAUGGCAUAGGUAGACAUUGUCUGGCCGAAAAUAUCCGUCCUAAUGGCCGCGGCAGGAGUUUUAAAUGCAAUACAGCAAGGGGAGCCAGACUAGUUUUACCGGCAGUUGAAAGGAUGCCAAACGGGAGCCUACCGUUCAAGGUCAACACUGGCGUACCAAGUGAGGCACGGUAGCAGACAGCUCAACCCGUCAGUGACCAACAGAAAACAAAACCACCAAGUAAUUUCCAUCAAAACUUUAAUUCAGCUUGACAAUACUUUUUUUCAGUUUGUCACUCUCCAACAAAAAGGGUAAAAAAUUGGAGGUUAUGUUAAAAAAAAAAAAAAAAGUGUUUUUUUUUUUUUUUUUUUUGGUCAAGUUUAUAACCACAACUGUAUUUCUGGCAAAGUUGCACUUACCUGUUAGAAUUUUGAUUGAGGGGGGGAAAAACUAUUUUUGUAUCCUCUUGUAGCUUUUGCUAUUUGUAUGCUUUGUCAAAAUAAUGAAAUGUUCACUGAAUGUUUUGUGAAAGAGAAAAAAAAAAAUCAAGGUUGCAAAUAUGUACCAGUUCAGCCUGUCUGCUUUGUGCUAUUUUUGCAUGAAUUAUCACCGCGUCAUAUUUGGUGUUCACUUACUUAACCGCCAUGCUUCAAUAAGUAACAUUUUAAAGUGAAAAGACAGCCGGCCAAUGUGUUAAUCAUGAAAUCAUCUCGCAAACACUCUUUGUUGUACAGUACCAAUAGCUGGAAGUGUGAAGGAGAGGGGUUCUUUUCACGAUCAUCGCCUUACUUGACGUAAAAUAAGCGACAGGUGACACAGAUACUGGUCAUGCUUAUUGAUGUUCAGAAAUGUAAACUUGGAAUGCACAUGAGUACACUUAGACAAUAAAUGAUUGUGUCAUUGGCAAAA